AGAGAGAUAGAAACAUCAGUCGGCUUCCCCCAUGCAUGCUCCCUACUGGGGAUCAAGCCCACAACCCGGACAUUGCCCUGACCAAGGAGUCAGUUCAGUAACUUCUUGGUUCAUGGGUCGGCUCUCAACCACUGAGCCACACUGGCUGGGCACAUUAUGCAUUCUUGAAGAAUGUUUUUAUGUUAGAGGGUGACUGGAAUUUCAGCCUUCAGUAAUCCCAUGAAGAUGUGAAAAAUGGAGUGUACUUGCUCAUCAUCUUGUUAGACUAGUAAGCAAUGCUUAGCCUAAAAGAAAAGUGUGAAACAAGAUCGAGGGGAACAAACAUUGAAAAGGUAUUGCAUAGUGGUUAAGAGCCACACUUUGGUAUCAAAACUGGGUUUGAACGAUUGCUCUGCUACUUACUGGUUCUUGUGACUUUUGGCAAGUUAUUUCUGUGCUUGGUUUUUUAUCUGCAAAAUGGGGAUAUAUACCAUCCAGUAUGGUCAGCAAAUCUUUUCUUUAUAGGGCCAGGUAGUAAAUGUGACCUGCUUUGUGGACAACAUAGGAGUUUUGUCAUAUGUCCUUUGUUUUCCUGUAUGACCCUUUAAAAUGUAAAAAACCCAGCCCUAAGCCUAGUCUACAGCAUUAUAAUAAAUUGUUCCUUUUGUGUCUAUUACAUACUAAAACUUUAUUAUAAAUGGUAACUAAUAGCUUGACUAGUUGAAAUUCUCUUGUGUUAGGUUAGUGCAGGAGUUAGCAAACUAUAGCCUCAGUCCAAAUGUAGCCUACUGCCUGUUUUUAUAGAGCCUGUGAGCUGAAUUUUUAAACUGCAGCGAAAAAAUGAAUACUUUUUCAUGGCAUAUGAACAUUAUAUGAAAAUUCUAAGGUCAGUGACCAUAAAUAAAGUUUUAUUGGAAUACAGCCAUGCUCAUUCAUUUGCAUAUUGUCUGUGGCACUUUUGCACCACAAUGGAAGGUUGAGUGGUUGCAAGAGACGGAAUGGAAGCCUUAAAUAUUUACUAUCUGUUGUCCCUGUGUGGAAAAAGUUUGCUGAACCUUGAGUUCCUCAGGGAACCCAGUUGAAUUUCUUUGUUAGGUGACUAUAAUUUGUAAGUGCUGAUUAGGUAAGACAUAGAGUAGUCUAUUCAAGUGUGGUUUUGUGGAAUGAAUGAAACAAGGGAUUGAGGAUUUUCCUAACAAGGAAUAAUGUGUGGGUUUUUUGGCAGCAUGGAAUUUAGGUUCUAGUUUUUCACCAACUCUACUUGACUGCCUCCCUCUGCUCUGUAGGAGGUGGUGGAUAUUGGCAAGUAGCGGCAUCUCAAAUUUUGAUGAGUCCUUUUAUUUUUGAGGGGUUGCAGUUAACAUUUCUGCCUUUGACUGGAGUCUCAUUCAUAUUGCUAGAAAUUUUGAGAAGAAACCAAGCAGAGAGCAUUUUUGGAGGAGAGCCAUUGUUUCUGCAUGAAAACUCACUACGGCAGGUAGUUCUAAGCUUUAAUUUAGACCCCAUUGGUUGCCUUUGGACAAUUACGAGAUUGUUUUGCAUAUUUCUGGACACAGUAGUGUGGAAGCAAUGGGUCUUUUUAAAAGUGUUUUGAGCCUUUGGUCGUCCCAGCUUUGCUUUCUCUCAUUUGUGAGGAGGCCUGUGGCAAUAACAGAUUGGUUGGAUGUUCAGACAUGGUCCAUUGCAUAUUUGAAAGAAAGUAGACUAAGUUAAGAUUCAAAUCACUCAGGUUCUAACAUGUAAAAUUUAGGCUCAUAAAGUAAAAAAGAGCUUCAUAAAUGAUUCCCAACUACAAGAAUUAAUUUGUAACUUUAAUGGCUAAACUACCGUGCACCGUUAAGGUUCGGACAUGAAGGGAAACGAGUGUAGAGCUGAAUCUAGUGUCUACAUAUCUUUGUGCUUUUUACCCUCCCCUUUAAAAGAAGGGGUGGGGGGAUAAGGCACACAAAAGUUCAUUUCAGGAGUGGGGAGUCUUGGUACUCUUGUUCCGUGACUCGGCUCUUGAGGUCAUUUGUUCUUGUUUUGUUUGGCAUGCUGCUGUUACCACUUUUCUUCCUACUUUAGAUGUUAUUUUAUUUGUUGCCUAACUUAUUCUAACAGCUAUUUCCAAAGGGUUCUUUAAUAAAAUACUCUGCUGUUUAAUCCUCUAAAUGUAAAUAUGAAUGUACUAGACAAAGCAUCUUGAAGCUAAAACAAUGGUUAGUAUAGCACACCCCCAAUGGUCUAGAACACAUGUAGCUUUCAGUUUUUAAUAAACAUGAGCUUUAUUAAGCUCUUCACUUGCUCUUUCUAUAUAUGCAUUAUCUGUUUCUUAAAUUGCAGAGUUGUCCAUGAAAUUCAUGACAAACCUUUGAAUGUGAGGCGAAUUUUUGUAUAACAGAUUUUCAGCAACAUAUGGACAUGUAUGUGAUAGUUGUUUAUAAGGAGAUUUGCUUAUUAUUUUCACCUAAAAGGUAUACCUGUAGAUAGUUUUUUAAAAUUUGAAAUAUUAAAUAGGUUAAAAGUCAUCUAUAAUCUUAUUUAAUUUUUUUGUAUAAUAUCAGAAGUGAAAGUUGCCCCCACCUGUUUAUAGCUUGUUUGAAUCCUUCCUGACUUGAUGUUUAUAUGAACAUAUCUAUAUACAUGUGCAUUAUUAUUUCCACUUUUGCUUAAUAACAAAACAGUCAAAACACACCAGUGACUAACUUGCUUUUUUCAUGUAUGUCAUGAACCAUCUUCCAGGUCAGUGCAUCUAAACCUCCCUUAUUAAUUUCAGUGGCUGCAUACUCCACUAUUACAGAUGGUACCAUAUAUCUACAACCAGUCCCCUCUGAUGGACAUAUGGGACAUACGGUUGUAUCUAGUUUUUUGCUAGCAUUGUAAUAGGUUAGAGGCUGUAAUGAAUGGUAAGGAAGUAGGUAGCACUACUACUUUAAUGGAAAAAGUAGAGAAGAAACUUCCUUUGCCAUAGUCACUUACUAAAUGAAAUAUAAAACACUGUCAAAAGUUGAGAGGACCAAAAUUGAUACUUUUUCUCUGAUCUUUUUGCCAUGUGUAUAUCUGAAUUCUUUGUUUUUAAAGAAGAAACAGCAUUGAAGCAUUAUUUGGGGGGAAAAACACACACACAAAAUCCAGCAACUCAGCAUUCAUGAGCAACUCUAUACUAUACCAGUAUGUGCCUGUGCAGUGGAAGGAAAACAAUUUUGGAAAUAUAUCCUGGACAAUUCCAACCAUCUCUCUGUCACAAAUUCAUAGCGUUGUCAGAUAAGGAAGGAAAACUACUUCGCAACUAUACUCAGAACAUAGAUACACUGGAACAGGUUGCAGGAAUCCAAAGGAUAAUUCAAUGUCAUGGUUCCUUUGCUACAGCGUCUUGCCUGAUUUGUAAAUACAAAGUUGACUGUGAAGCUGUACGAGGAGAUAUUUUUAAUCAGGUGGUUCCUCGAUGUCCUAGGUGCCCAGCUGAUGAACCACUUGCUAUUAUGAAACCAGAGAUUGUCUUUUUUGGUGAAAAUUUACCAGAACAGUUUCACAGAGCCAUGAAGUAUGACAAAGAUGAAGUUGAUCUCCUCAUUGUUAUUGGGUCUUCCCUGAAAGUAAGACCAGUAGCACUAAUUCCAAGUUCCAUACCCCAUGAAGUGCCUCAGAUAUUAAUUAAUAGGGAGCCUUUGCCUCAUCUGCAUUUUGAUGUGGAGCUUCUUGGAGACUGUGAUGUCAUUAUUAAUGAACUGUGUCAUAGGUUAGGUGGUGAAUAUGCCAGACUUUGCUGCAACCCUGUGAAGCUUUCAGAAAUUACUGAAAAACCUCCACGAACACAAAAACAGUCAGCUCAUUUGUCCGAGUUGCCACCCACACCUCUUAAUAUUUCAGAAGGCUCAAGUUCACCAGAAAGAACUUCACCACUGGAUUCUUCAGUGAUUGUCACACUUUUAGACCAUGCAACAAAGAGUAAUGUUGAUGAUCCAGAUGUGUCUGAAUCAAAAGAUUGUAUGGAAGAAAAACCACAGAUAGUACAGACUUCCAGGAGCACUGAAGGUGUUACUGAACCGUUGGAGGGUCCGGAUUUGAAGAACGUUGGCUCCAGUACUGGCGAGAAAAGUGAAAGAACUUCAGUAGCUGAAACAGUGAGAAAGUGCUGGCCAGCCAAGCUCGCCAAGGAGCAGAUUAGUAAACGGCUUGAUGGUAACCAGUAUCUGUUUCUACCACCAAAUCGUUACAUCUUCCACGGUGCUGAGGUGUAUUCCGACUCUGAAGAUGAUGUCUUGUCCUCCAGUUCUUGUGGCAGUAAUAGCGACAGUGGGACGUGCCCGAGCCCAAGUCUAGAAGAGCCCGUGGAGGAUGAGAGCGAGAUGGAGGAGUUUUACAACGGCUUGGAAGAGGAUGCCGAUGCCGAUGAGAGGGCUGGAGGAGCUGAAUUUGGAGCUGACGGGGGUGAUCAAGAGGCGGUUACUGAAACUACAUCUGUGAAACAGGAAGCAACAGACAUUAACUAUCCAUCAGACAAAUCAUAAUGUAAUAAUUGUCCAGGUACAGGAAUUGUUCCACCAGCAUUAGGAACUUUAGCAUGUCAAAAUGAAUGUUUACUUGUGAACAUGAUAGAACAAAGGAAACCAGAAAAGUGUAAUAUUUAUAGACUGGUAAAAUAGAUUGUUUUUUUCAUGGAUAAUUUUAACUUCCUUAUUUCUGUACUUGUACACUCAACACUAACUUUUUUUUUUUUUUAAAAGAAAGGUACUAAGUAUCUUUAAUCUGCUCUUGGUCAACUUUCUUUUAAAGGUUCAUUUGUAUGAUAUCCAUAUGUAUAUAUAAUUUUUGUUUAUACAUUUUGCCUAGCGAGUUUCAACAUUUUAAAGUUUGCAAAAAGCCAUUGGAAUGUUAAAUUAAUGUAAAGGGAACAGCUUAUCUAGACCAAAGAAUGGUAUUUUCAUUUUUAUUCAGUAUUUCUUUGUAACAUUGAAUGGUUUGAAAUCCUCAAAUCUCUGUUCUGCUAAACUUUUGAUUCUUUAUUAGCACAAUUACCUAUUUUUAAACACUGGCAUUUUCCAAAACUUGUGGCAGCUAACUUUUUAAAAAUCUCAUGACAUGCAAUGUGAGUAGAAGGAAGUCAACAAUAUGUGGGAGAGCACUCAGUUGUCUGCUUUUUAAAGUAAGACUUGGUGCUAAGAGUUUCAGGAAUAUUGUAUUGUUUAAAUGAAGAUGGCUUUUGUACUUCCUGUGGACAUGUAGAAAUGUCUAUAUUGGCUCAUAAAACUAACCUGUAAAACAAAUAAAUGCUUUGGAAAUGUUUCAAUUGCUUUAGAAACAGUAGUGCCUGCCUGGGUCCCCUUAGUUUUGAGAAUGUGCCAUUGUUGUUUCAAUGCCUGUCACUGUGGUGAAGCUGACACUGAUCCUUUUCCACAAGUAUUAAACUGCCAAGACGUGGAUAUGCAAAAGCCUUUAUGACCUAUGAUAAUGGUACUUGGGGAGAGUGUAAUAUUAUGGACUGUUGCUUUUCUUUUCCAUAGAUGAGGAGAGUGACAGGUCCCCGAUUACGGUUCCAAAGUAAUAGCGUAUUAAUUAUAUAUAACUCAGCCAGUAAGUACAUGUCUCCUGUUGGGAGUAUUUGGUGUAAUAAACACCAAACUGCUAGCCUAGUACUAUGGAGAUGAACGUGAUAUAACUUGUACUAGCAGAAUAGUUAAUGAAUGAAAUUCCUAUUGUGUCUUUAUUUAAAAGCUUAGCCUGCCUUAAAACUAGAGAUCAACUUUCAGCUGCAGAAGCUUCUAGCCUUUCAGAAAAGUUCAUACUUUUUAAAAUUGCAUACUAAACAUUUAUUUUCCAGACUUUUCCAAACAUUAUUCCCAAAUUAUAAAGUAUUCCUAUGUUGCUUUGGUAUUUAUUACAGUUUUUAAGAAGGGUUUGAAAUACAGCUGUUCUUUAAGCAUAAAGUACCCAGCUAGGACCAUUACUGCCAGAGAAAAAAAUUUUAUUGAAUGGCAACUUCCCCACCUAAAAGGUGUCUCAAUCUGAAUUUGGCUACACUAAAGAAUGCAGCAUAUUUAGUUUUUCAUUUGCAUGAUGUGUUUGUGCUAUAGAUGAUAUUUUAAAUUGAAAAUUUGUUUUAAAUUAUUUUUACAGUGAAGACUGUUUUCAGCUCUUUUUAUAUUGUACAUAGUCUUUUAUGUAAUCUACUGGCAUAUGUUUUGUAGACUGUUUAAUGACUGGAUAUCUUCCUCCAACUUUUGAAAUACAAAACCAGUGUUUUAUACUUGUACACUGUUUUAAAGUCUAUUAAAAUCUUCAUUUGACCUUUU